AUGACUUUGGGUAAAGCUUUGGAUAUCAUAAAAAGUGUUACUAAGACAUUAGAGGACAAACGAAACGAACAAUCAUUUCAAUGUUUGUGGGAUGCAUUGACAGAAUUUUCUGAAAAUUUUGAAAUUAGUCUAGAUACUCCAUCCAAUUCAAAAAAAAAAAGAAAAGUUUUUGAAAAUUCUUUACUUAAGGAUAGUAUUGUUACAUCUACAGUAGGAACAGAUAAUUUUGAAGAACAAAGUAAAACACCAGAAGCACAUUGGAGAAGUCACUCAUAUUAUGAGAUUCUAGAUAGCAUAAUUCAAGGAUUGAAUAGCAGGUUUUCAAGUGAAAGUUUAUCUAUUGCGAAUGCUCUUGAUAGUUUCUUAAAACUAAAUACUAAUGACUCUGACCCUUUUAUUAACCACUAUCAGAAGUUACUUAAAAUUGAUUCUGAUCUACUAAAAGCAGAAAUGAUGGUAGCAAAAAAUUGCAUAUCAAAAGAAGAAUGGGAUUUUGAUGAACUAAUAAACAUUGCUAAUGAAUCGGUACUACCAAAUUUAAGAAAAAUGUUAAAAGUAGCAUUAAUAUUACCUGUUACUACAGCUACUUGUGAGCGUUCCUUCUCUGCUAUGAGGAGAAUUAAAACCUGGCUGAGAUCUAGAAUGGAACAAAAUCGUUUUGAUAAUUUGGCAAUACUAAACAUUGAAAAAGAUUUACUGAAGAACUUAAACAAAGAAAAAAUUCUUGAUGAGUUUGCCAAAAAGCCAAGAAAAUUAAAAUUAAAAUUCUAA